AUGAACCGAGUGCUUCUUGUUUCUGCGCCCCGCCUGCGACGGUCACCGGCCACGUUGUUUGAGCAGCGGUGCUGUUUUACGUCCUUUGUGGACCGCUUCAGUACCACCCUGGCGCAGCGGCUGACGUCGCUUGCGGACAAGCAAAUGAUGCCGCUCAGCGAGCAGCGCAUCACUGAGCGACGACGGCCGUACCCGCGGCGUCCCUCCAUGCAGGAGAACUUGGCGGAGCGGCUCGAUGCGCAGCAGCGCCUCCGCGCACACCUUGUGCCCUCGCAGGUCAUCGUGUCGAAGGACAGGCAGUACCUCGAUCUCGUGUGGCCCGCUACCGCUCUUAAUGCGGCGGAGCAGCAGCAGCAGCGGGUGGGGGAAGCUGCGGGCGGUGAGGCAAGAGUCAAACGGCGUGCGGACGAGCACCGCACGCGUCUUCUCGCGGAGUUUCUUCGUGCGUACUCGCCGAGCACCGACGUGAUUGGAGCCGACGCGCUCGUCUACGGGCGCCGCGGUAUCAUCAUUACAGAUGUAAUUCCUGUUGGGAACUACGCGCUCCGUAUCGUAUUCUCCGAUGGGCACUCCGGUGGUAUUUACCCGUACGAGUACUUGCUCGACCUUGGCCGCCACAAGUACGCGCGGAUGCGGGAAUAUAUUCGUCGUCUGAGGGCUAAACGCAAGUCGAGAGAUCCGCCGAGGCGUGCACCGUCGCGGCGGCUCCAGCGCGGUCAAAACACAUCAACAGGAAGAAGGACGGUGAAGGCGGGGGACGGGAGCAGCAGGAGCAACGGCGACGGGCACCAUGGCCCAGCGGCAGCAAAGUAA